CCCUUGCCCUGCUAGCCACACUUCUUUUGAUGCGGCCAAGGAUAUAGCAGAAAGCUGCAGGGGCACAUUGCAGGCUCGUAUCCAGCUUGUCAUCCACCAGUACCCCCAAGAUCUUUUCAGUGGGGCUGUGCUGUAUCUUCUUGUAUUGAUACUGGGGGUUGCCAUGACCGAAGUUGCAACACCUUGCACUUGGGUUUGUUGAACCCCAUGAGAUUCAUCUGGGCCCACUGCUCCAGCCUGUCCAGAUCUCUCUUAAUGGAAUCCCAUCCCUUGGGUGUGUCAACUGCACCACACAGAUUGAUGUCGUCAGCAAUCUUGCUGAGGGUGCACUUGAUCCCACUGGCGGUGUCAUUGAUGAAGAUGCUGAAGAGUACUGGUUCCAGUACUGAUCCCUGAGGGACACCACUUGUCACCGAUCUCCAUCCAGACACCAAGCCAUUGACCACCACUCUCUAGGUACAAUCUCACAACCAAUUCCUUGUCCAGUGAACAAUUCACCCAUCAACUUAGUAUCUUUCCAAUUUGGAGAGAAGGAUAUAAUGAAGGACCGUGUCAAAAGCCUUAGUGAUGUCCAGAUAGAUGACAUUGGUGGCUCUUCCCUUGUCCACUGGCGCAAUUACACCAUCAUAAAAAGUGACAGGGUUGGUCAGGCAGGACCUGCCCUUGGUGAAGUCAUGCUAGUUAUCCCAUAUCACCUCCUUUUCUUCCAUAUGUCUUAGCAUAGCUUCUAGGAGGAUCUUCUCCCUGAUCUUCCCCAUUACCAAGAUGAGGCUUCGACCCUUCUUAAAUGAGUACUAUAUUGCCUUUUUCCCCGUCAGCAGGGACUUCACCUGACCACCAUGACUUUUCAAAGACCGUCGAAUGUGGCUUGGUGACUGCAUCAGCCAAUUCCCUUGGAACUCUGGGAUGCAUCUCAUCAGGACCCACUUGCCCUCUGCCUGUGUUUGUUGUGCUUGUAGGAUCUCUGUAGUGUCUGGAUAAAGGACAAACAGCAUAAUGGGUUUCUUAGGGACAUUGUAUAUUUUUAUGAAUAAAACUGCUAGCAAUGUUUAAUAUAGCUGUUAAGCAAUGAUGGUGUUAAAUGGCUCAUGUGAGAUGGAAGCUGCAUGUCUGCUUCUUUAAAAGCUUAGUGCAAGCAAAAAGAGUAUGUGCUAGAACAGAAGUAAUGGCUGGAAGUACACAGACUGGGAAGAAGAAAUAACCAAAGCUUCAGCGAUAAAGUUCCCUCUAAGAUUAUUAAAAUGUCUAAAAAUGGAUCAAAACUGUCAUGAAUAGUUCAUACCGUUCUUCAGACUGUGUUGAUUUAAUUUCUACAAUGAGUGAAAUGGGGUUCCUGGCCACACAGGUGAGGUUGGCUGGUCCUGAGCUCCAUGUUCCUGUUUCUGAGAACCAGGCAGACAGCUCUCUUGGCGUACUCGGGGUGCAUAAUGUAGCAAAAGGAAACCUGUCAGCCAAGCAGUGGGUGUUAAAACUCCUGGCCACAUUUAUGUCUGCUUCAGCUUCCAGUUUAGUUUGACUGGUAUGAAGUAUCUUGAUUUCACAGUAAACAACAUGCUAUGGUUCACUAUAGAUUUGCACUGGGUACAGAUUGUCUUGGCUGGAUAUAAAUGGAAAUCCAAGAUGUUCCAAUGACGUUUUAGAACUGAGAAUUUUGUUCUUUCUGGGCAUGGUUUGAAAUCUGGUCUUUUGCAAGAUAACAUUUCAGUGAACCAAAAUUCCUAUGGCUUCUGUUCUGCAAUUUUUGCUUUGUCCUUCACAAAGGUCCUCUUUUUUAGUCUUAGAAAUUAAUGUUGCACUCUAUGCUCUUUACUUAUGCAGUCAGUAAAUUGUAUUGUCUGAUAUUGAUUUAUAUUCUAAGAUCCGUACACUGCCACAUUGUGAGGUGCAUUUGUUGUAUCAGAUGAAAGCUGGAAACAAUGGCAAAACAGACCUCAUUCUGCUACUGUUCUGAACUGGGGUACUCAGAAGGCAGGGCUUUGCAUCUGCCUGUUGCAAAAUGAUCUCCUGCUAGCUUCAUAUCAUUCUUUAGAGCAAACGUAUUUAAAUUCAUGAAAACUUUCAUAUAGGUGAGUGUAAGACUGGGCUAUCAAAUCUGCAGUCAAAUUAUUCAUUGUCAAAUUCCUCUUUUCCUUGACUUUAUUCCUGUGGCUCUGUGUCUGCAAAUAGAAGACACUUAUAAGGGCUGCAGCCGCUGAGGUGUAGAUGAGACAAGGACACCACAUUUGUGUGGACUAGUGCUGGGUAUUGGUCUGACACAGAUGUCUCUGAUCUGAUAAAGAGUCUUUCGUGCUAUUCUGUCCAUCCUGUGGUGUGAUGCAUUUCCUGUUGUGUGUCUUAAAUAUAAACAUAUAUUUCUGGGAGGAGCUUGCAGAACACCACACAUCUUCUCUUUUGAGAAGUUCUGUCACAACCUAAAAUGUGGUGCUCUGGGAAUUUUGAAAAUUAGCGUAGUGCCAAUAAAUAGAAGUGUUGUUUUGAGCACUCUUUGUCCCCAGUUACUGGAAUACCACAGAGCAGUGGCUGCUCUGAAUUCUGUCUUUGUGUCUUGCCACCUUUGUCAGCUUGCACCAAUUCCUGAGUGUUGCUGAUGCUUCUGCAGUAUGUGGGUAGUGCUUAUCCUCACUAAACUGUCCUUAUGAGUGCUUGGGUAAACAGUGCUGAUCCCUGCAACAUGAUGGGUUUCUGCAGUAGAUUUCCAUGGUAGCCUUCAUUUCUGUUUCUCCCUUGAGCUGCAGCUGCAGGGAGUUUCAAACAGUGCUCAACAAUUUGACCUUCCAACGGCUGGAUCCAGUAUAUUUGUACAGAGAAAAGCACACUGCCGGGGCUCUGCUCAGAAAGAAACAACCUAGAGUUAAAGCAGUUUGAGAACAGGCCAUCAUGUCAAAGCCUAUAGUAUCUCAGGGUCAAGAUAUUGUUCAGGUUCAGUUGGUAACGUGAAAGGGGAGACAUGGGAUAAACAACCAAAAGAUCUUCAUCAAUCUUUGAUCUCUUUCUAUUCUAAUAUCUUAGUUUGUAAAAUCCAGAGGAAGGAUGGUAGCAGAUCUGAGGAAGAAACUACUUUACCUCAUUGCUUGUAGAGAAGUAAGCUCCAAUCUGUAGUUGUGUGAUAGUACUUGGCUGCUUGCUCCCAGUGCAUGAGUGGCUGCUUAGUAAAAACAGAAGUGGCGUGGACAAGGGAGGAAGAAGAAGAGUGUUAGUUUUCAUAUUGUUACCCCAGUCUGAUUCGCCUUGUCACUGUGUGAGCACUCGUACCUGUACAAAGCAAGGGACAACUUUGGGCUGAAAGCAAGGUUUUGGCAGAUGCAGGGAAAGGCAGGGCUGUAGUGCCUGUUUGUGUUGGCUGCAGUGAGUCAGCAACCAGGAGCAGGAAGGUGAGAUCCUGCAAAUACUGGUCUAACACUCUUUGGUUGUUGUCAUCAUCCUUUUAGAUACUAAAUCUUUGAAGAAGAAAUCCAAAAAAGGGAAGGUGGACGUUUAAUGCUAGAUUGUGUAUUUAUACUGAUGAAAAGAGAGAGGUCUGUGGAUGGCCAUGACUGCCUAAAACACAGACUUUUAGAAAAUGUAAAUAAUAUCUGUGUAUUUGGUGUUCUUGAUUGUGCCUCUGACGCUCUUGCUUUUCUUGAUUAUAGGUUGAACUUGCUGGACAUUUCCAAGUGAAUUGCUCCCUGGGGCAGUUGCUCACAGCUGACAGGCCAACGGGCUGCUGGGCUGAUGAACGGCAAUUCACUGAGAUGACAUAGGAAGGGGUCAAGGACAAUGGUGCAGAAAAAGAAAAGCUGCCCUCGGUUACUCGACUACCUUGUUAUCAUCGGAGCCAGGCAGCCAAGUAGUGAUAGUGUUGCUCAGACUCCUGAGCUGCUACGACGUUAUCCUCUAGAAGACCACGUGGACUUUCCUCUACCACCUGAUGUUGUGUUCUUCUGCCAACCAGAAGGAUGCCUGAGCGUGCGGCAGAAACGUAUGAGCUUCCGCGAUGACACUUCUUUUGUCUUCACACUCACAGACAAGGAUACGGGUGUCAUUCGCUAUGGAAUCUGUGUCAACUUCUACCGCUCCUUCCAGAAGCGAGUACCCAAGGAGAAGGGAGAAGGCACAGGAGGACAUCGAGCUUCUCGGGAGGGACAGAAAAUGGCUAAGUCUGGGGAUGCGUCUGCACCCCAAGAGGAUGUGGGCACUGAGAGUUCAGAGAGUGGCUCUUCACUGCAGGCCCCAAGUACAGAGCCUACCCCAGAUGUGAGCCGGUCGCCACACAGUAAGCGUCUGGCCAAAGGCAGCCAUCGUUCUCGAAACAGCACCCUGACUUCUCUGUGCAUCCUUAGUCACUAUCCUUUCUUCUCCACCUUCCGCGAGUGCCUGUACACCCUCAAGAGACUUGUGGACUGCUGUAGUGAGAGACUGUUGGGCAAGAAGCUGGGGAUUCCUCGUGGAGUCCAGAGGGAUACGACGUGGCGGAUUUUCACAGGCUCACUUCUGGUGGAGGAGAAGUCCAGUGCACUGCUACACGACUUGCGGGAGAUUGAGGCCUGGAUAUACCGGCUGCUGCGUUCGCCGAUGCCUGUUGCUGGUCAGAAGCGGGUGGACGUGGAAGUUCUGCCGCAUGAGUUGCAGCCAGCUUUGACCUUUGCUCUUCCUGAUCCAUCCCGCUUCACCUUGGUGGAUUUUCCAUUACAUCUGCCUUUGGAGUUGCUGGGAGUGGAUGCCUGCCUUCAGGUGCUGACUUGCAUCCUUCUGGAGCACAAGGUUGUACUGCAGUCCCGGGAUUAUAAUGCACUCUCAAUGUCUGUGAUGGCCUUUGUGGCUAUGAUCUACCCAUUAGAAUAUAUGUUUCCAGUGAUCCCUCUGCUCCCCACCUGCAUGGCCUCUGCAGAACAGUUGCUUCUAGCCCCUACACCUUACAUCAUUGGUGUUCCAGCAAGUUUCUUCCUUUACAAACUAGAUUUCAAAAUGCCUGAUGAUGUAUGGCUUAUCGACCUGGAUACCAACAAGGUGAUCGUUCCCACAAAUGCGGAAUCUUUGCCAGCGCUGCCAGAACCAGAAGCUUCAGAGCUGAAAAAGCAUCUGAAACAGUGUCUGGUUAGCAUGACUGCAAUCACUCAGCAACAGCUGCUCACUCCUGACAACAAGGCACUGGCCAGCAUGAGUCUGAAUACUCAGCCCAUUCUUAAUCUAGAGAAAUUCCACGAGGGGCAGGAGGUGCCGCUGCUGCUGGGAAGACCACAGAAUGAUUUGCAGUCUACUCCCUCCACAGAAUUCAACCCUCUGAUCUAUGGAAAUGAUGUGGACUCUGUGGAUGUGGCUACCAGGGUUGCUAUGGUGAGAUUCUUCAACUCACCAAAUGUUUUGCAAGGAUUCCAGAUGCAUACUCGCACUCUUCGUCUUUUUCCACGGCCAGUAGUGGCCUUCCAGGCAAAUUCCUUUCUUGCCUCUAGGCCAAAGCAAACACCUUUUGCGGACAAACUUUCCAGGACGCAAGCAGUAGAAUAUUUUGGAGAAUGGUCACUCAACCCUACUAACUAUGCUUUUCAGAGAAUUCAUAACAAUAUGUUUGACCCAGCACUGAUUGGUGACAAACCGAAGUGGUAUGCUCACCAACUGCAGCCCAUCCACUAUCGUGUCUACGACAGUAAUUCACAACUAGCUGAAGCACUGAAUGUCCCAGUAGAAAAAGAAACAGACUCUGAUCCCACUGAUGACAGUGGCAGUGACAGUGUCGACUACGAUGACUCAAGUUCCUCCUACUCUUCGCUUGGUGACUUUGUCAGUGAGAUGAUGAAAUGUGACAUUAAUGGCGAUACUCCAAAUGUUGACCCCCUGACUCACGCAGCCCUUGGUGAUGCCAGUGAAGUGGAGUUUGAUGAUUUUCAAGAAUAUUCAGGAGAUCUGGAUGAACAGGCCAUGGACAGUGAGAACUCCCAAGAGAACAACCAGCCUCGUUCAAGUUCCAGUACUACAGCCAGUAGCAGCCCCAGUACUGUCAUCCACGGAGUGAAUCAUGAGUCUGCAGAUUCAGCAGAGAUGGAGGAGAAGCUAGUUGCUGGAUUUUCAAACCAUCUCCCUUCUUUGCCACUACAACCAAGCUUUCCCAAGAUGAGCUUUGAUCGUCGUGAGAGUGACAGCCCAGCUGUCAGCAUGAGCUCCUCAGAAGGGGUGGUGAGGAAACGAGAGUAUGAUAAUCCAUACUUCGAACCACAGUAUGGUUUUCCUACAGAAGAUGAAGAUGAUGAGCAGGAAGAGAGCUACACCCCAAGAUUUAACCAGAAUCUCAAUGGAAGCAGGUCUCAGAAGUUACUUCGUCCAAACAGUUUAAAACUGGCCAAUGACUCUGAUGCAGAUUCAGACUCCAGGGCCAGCUCUCCAAACUCUACUGUUUCCAACAACAGCAGUGAAGGUUUUGGGGGCAUCAUGUCUUUUGCAAGCAGCCUGUACAGAAACCACAGCACAAGUUUCAGUCUGUCCAAUUUAGCCCUGCCAACCAAAGUUGGGAGAGACAAGAAUACCCCCUUUCCCAGCCUGAAAGGAAAUAGGCGAGCCCUGGUGGAUCAAAAGUCUUCAGUCAUUAAGCAUAGCCCAACAGUGAAGAGAGAAUCUCCAUCCCCUCAGGGGCGAAGUAGUAAUUCCAGUGAGAACCAGCAAUUCCUGAAGGAGGUGGUGCAUAAUGUUCUCGAUGGGCAAGGUGUUGGCUGGCUGAACAUGAAGAGAGUCCGACGUCUGCUGGAGAGCGAGCAGCUCCGUGUCUUUGUACUAAGCAAGCUAAAUCGCACGAUCCAGUCGGAAGAAGAUGCUCAGCAGGAUAUCAUACAGGAUGUGGAGAUCAGCCGCAAGGUUUAUAAAGGCAUGCUGGACUUGCUGAAGUGUACUGUGUUGAGCCUGGAGCAGUCAUAUGCAAAUGCUGGCCUGGGAGGCAUGGCCAGUGUUUUUGGCCUUCUAGAAAUAGCACAUACUCACUAUUACAACAAAGAACCAGAAAAGAGAAAACGAAGCCCAACAGAUGGUUCUGUCACUCCAGUUGGCAAAGAUCCUGCAUCAUCUCCAAGAGUGGAGCUGAAAACUGCCAUGCAGCUGCCAGUACCACAGCUGAUGCCGAAGGCACCAAGCCCUGCAGGGAAAGGGCUAAGGGAGUUUGAUACAAGGAGUCUAAAGGAAGAAAAUUUUAUUGCUUCCAUUGGGCCAGAAGGUGUAAAACAUUUUGAUUUGGGAGAAACAGAUGAGAAAAAAUCCCAAAUCAGUGCAGACAGUGGCCUCAGUUUGGCCUCAGGUUCUCAGAAGAGUGAUUUUGACUCUGUUCCCAGCGGAGGACCAUCAGUUAUGGUCCGAAGUACCAGCCAGGAUUCUGAAGUUAGCACAGUGGUUAGUAACAGCUCUGGGGAGACACUAGGAGCAGACAGUGACUUGAGUAGCAAUGCUGGUGAUGGCCCAAGUGUGGAAAAUGGAGGCAAUCUGACAGGAUCCAGGGGCACUGUGUCAGACAGUGAAAUUGAGACAAACUCUGCUACUAGCUCUAUUUUUGCAAAGUCUCAUAACUUGAAGCAAAAUGUAAAGGAGAACAAAGGCAGUACUGCAGGGAAAGGUCCAGAGGAUGGGAACCAGCGUGUCUAUCUCUAUGAAGGACUUCUAGGCAAAGAGCGCUCAACAUUGUGGGACCAGAUGCAGUUUUGGGAAGAUGCCUUUUUGGAUGCGGUGAUGUUAGAGAGAGAAGGAAUGGGGAUGGAUCAAGGACCCCAGGAGAUGAUUGACAGGUAUCUUUCCUUGGGAGAACAUGAUCGAAAGCGUUUGGAGGAUGAUGAGGACCGCUUAUUGGCUACGCUGCUACAUAAUAUGAUUGCUUAUAUGCUUAUGAUAAAGGUGAAUAAGAAUGAUAUUAGGAAAAAGGUGCGUCGUCUGAUGGGAAAAUCGCAUAUUGGAUUGUUGCACAGCCAGCAGUUAAAUGACAUUCUAGACAAGCUUGCUAACCUGAAUGGACGGGAACUCCCUGUGAGACCCAGCGGCAGCCGCCACAUCAAGAAGCAGACUUUUGUAGUCCAUGCUGGGACAGACACUACAGGAGAUAUAUUUUUCAUGGAGGUGUGUGAUGACUGCAUUGUGCUGAGAAGCAACAUUGGAACUGUGUAUGAACGUUGGUGGUAUGAGAAACUCAUCAACAUGACUUACUGCCCCAAAACAAAAGUUCUGUGUCUGUGGCGAAGGAAUGGUCAGGAAACACAACUGAACAAGUUCUACACAAAGAAGUGUCGGGAAUUAUACUACUGUGUAAAAGACAGCAUGGAACGAGCAGCAGCAAGACAGCAAAGCAUUAAACCAGGCCCUGAGUUGGGUGGUGAGUUUCCUGUGCAGGAUAUGAAAACUGGCGAAGGAGGACUUCUCCAGGUGACACUGGAAGGAAUUAACCUGAAAUUUAUGCACAGUCAGGUUUUCAUAGAGCUGAAUCACAUUAAAAAGUGCAAUACAGUGCGAGGAGUCUUUGUCCUGGAGGAAUUUGUUCCUGAAACUAAAGAAGUGGUGAGCCACAAGUACAAGACGCCAAUGGCUCACGAGAUCUGCUACUCCGUGCUGUGUCUCUUCUCUUAUGUGGCUGCCAUUCGUGGGAAAGAGGCAGAAAACAAAAGCAAACCACCUCGACCAGUUUCCAGUUGAUCAUGAUAUUGGGAAAUACCUACCCUAUGGCACCCUGACGUGCAGUAUUUCCAUUUUUACUGCAGUUACUGGAGCUCACUUUCCUGUCUUCUCUGAGAACUUGGUUAUUUAUGUAUGACCCUGCAAGUCUUUCCCCAUAGAAAAAUCUAAGACUUCAUUGCUCAGUCUCCUUCUGAAUUCAUCCUUAGUGGAGUUUUUGUAUGGGCUGUUCAUCAGACAGUUUUGAGCAACAGCAUCCAGCUGUGAAUGGCCUACUCUGGCCAUUCCUUGGAAUCCUUUUUUUUUUUUCUUAAGAUGACUACUAUGGCUUAAGUUCAGUUGUUUUUUGUUUCUAGUGGUACUUGUUCCAGACUUAUCACUUUACAACUGCUGACUUCUGCUUUCCAAUUCUCUUGUGUGCAGUGAAAGCAGUCUGGUCCUGCACGUUGUUUAAAUGUAAUGUUUUCUAUUGUUUGCCUUAUGUGUUGUUCACUUUUACCCACCAUCAUUGGAGUUCUUGAUAUAUAGUUCUUCAAGCCCUUUUGGUAAAGAUGAUCAAUUAAGCUACUAUAGUCUUAAAAUAUCACAUAUGAAAAUUGUAGUUUGGUUAUUAAAUCGGUCCAUCUGUGGAGAUGACUGCUUCUGAAGUGGAAAAAAGAAAGGAAACUUGAAAGCAACGUAUCAUGAAAACCCCCGACAUCCCUUAAAUUGUGUGGAUUUUAGAUUGGAUGGGAGUUUGAAUAAUGUUUGUAGGCAUCCCAGCAGUGUAGUUGAUAGCAGUUAAUCGCAGGGACCAGAAAAUGAAAAAGGAAAUGUAUAACUUGGAAGUGUUAUUGGCAGAAGCUCUUGUAAUGUACCAGUGUAAUUCUGGAUUUGUAACUGUACAAGACAUUUCUAUAGUAACAUGCAGAAUGUGCUCAGAAGCUCAAAGGAUUACUGUCUCCAAAACUUUUAAUCUAUUACUUUUUUUCAAUCUAUACUUUUGUAUAUCAAGGAACCUCUCAAAUAUUGUGUUAAUGUGUAAUGAAACUCCCUCAGUUAAUACUAUCCAUCGCAUUCCUUAUUUUGAGUAGACUGAAUAUGAAUUUUGCAUCUUGUUUUUGUUAUUGAACUGUGCUGCACUUGUCUGGAAAGCUCUCAGGAUGCUGGAAGGUGAGACUGUCUAGAGAAAAAUAAUACUUGUGAAAUACCUGGAAAAAUGCUCUUGAUGCAAACUGAUGUAUUGUAUGUUUUAACGUAGGAUUCUGAGUAAAUGAAUCUGGAAAUAAUCCUGUUUUGGCUUGGUCAGGGAUCUACUAUUUUGAAUGGAAUACACUAGUAAUGAGUGAGGAAAAUAUGUAAAUAUUAUAGUACAACAUCUAUUUAUAGAAACUGUACAGCUGUCUGAAUGUGAAAAUAAAAUGUCAUUCAACCAGUGACUUGUUUUUAUCCUGUGCUUUAUGUUUUCUAUUCAUGCAUCUAACUGCUUUUAGUUGUGAUGUACAAAGUACAAUGUACACGUACAGGAAAUAAUGAAAAAGAGCAAAGUA